AUGGGUAUGAGAUAUUCAGGACGAUCUGAAACAUCUCGUGUGAAGCCAAUCCUGAACAAGAAAGAUACUAGUCAUCCCCCAGUUACUUACAAACCUCUAACCAGAACUGGUGCCCGUUCACGUGACCCCAGCCCAAUAGAUAAUUCUGAAAGAAGCUCUUCUUCCACCAACUACGACCCAAAUAAGCUGUACCCCAGACCGUACCAAAGAUCAGUCAGUAGAGAGAGAACAGAGUCUGUGAGCUCAUCAACAACCAUCCCCAAAUACUCAGGAAGAACUUCUGCAUCUAGAGAUGAAAUCCCUCGAUAUACUGGUAGGUCAUCCAUAUCCAAAGAGGAUGUUCCAAGAUACAGCGACAGGUCAAGAGAUGAUAGUUCUAAAUAUUCAAGACGCCCCUCCCAAUCAAAAGAUGACCCGCCCUCUAGAUAUAAGAUAGGUAGCCGAACAACUUCUAGAGAAGAUCUCUCAACAGGUUCUCAGAGAUAUAUAAACAGCAGGUUUUUACCAAAGAAUACUAUAGAGAAAAGUAAUACAGCCUACACAAGACCAUCGAUUGUGAGAACGCAUGAGACUAGCAAGAGAAACAGAGAACUGUUGAAUACAUUGCAAGCACAGGAACAUGAGAGACUGAGUAGACCAACUAGUAGAUGUUCCUCUGUUACUCCAGAAGAUGUCAUGCCUAGACAAUCAGUCAGUGCACAUGCAUUAUCUGAACGGCUCAAGAAUGAAAUUGAAACGCAGACGAUAACUGUCAUCAGUAGAGGAACUUCCCCUACACAAACAUCACAGCCUAGUCUCUUGAGAAGCAGGAGAGCAGAAAUUGCGAAGGUGAUUGAGAAACAGAUCAGUCGCCCAAAACGACCAAUUCACACAAUGGUUGAUAAGGCAAUUCAGUCCGACAGAUUGGAUGAUCCCACUAAAGUAUCACGGUACUCUACUGCUUCGAGGACUUCUUCCGCACCUUGGUCUUCAUUUCUCGAUAUGAAAUUCUCUAGUCCAAAGUCAAAAAGAAGUAGUGAAGUCAAACAAGCUAGUACAUUUAGUUCGAAGAAUGAUGAUUCGCCGAAAAGUUUAUCGCGAGCUAGUUCGACCAAAAGCUUAGUACAAUCCUCGUCUAACAAUACUGACAAACAAAGGGAUGAGAAGAAAUCUCCAUCGCCGGUCAAAUCGAAAAUCAUUCCUCCAAAACAAAUUGAAAAGCAGCAGUUACCCCCUCAAAUUCCGAAAAGCGAAAGUCCUAGUAAAUCCACGUCGUUACAUUCCUUCACUUCUACCAAUAAAGACUUCAGGAAAUCCGUACUGAACAUGAAUCCCGAAGGAAAGUCCAACAAAAAUUUUGGCAGACGUAGCAAUUCUGUCAGCUCCGCAGAAUCCGAUACUGCUGAUCCUGAUGCUACGGAUGUUUCAGAGAACCUAACAAGUUGCAAGUCAUACCAUAGCUCAUGUACCUCAAAGCUACCUCAAAAAUUACCUUCCGCAAAAUCUAUUAGUAACAGAAGAUCGCCAGGUUCAGAAGCAAGUACCACAACGAGUGGUAGUGAGGAUGAUUCGAAAAUCAAAAAGAGCAAGAAGAAGUGCCAUAGUGCUGGAUCAUCUAGGACAUCGGUGAUACUAUCAUCAGCCGAUGAACUAUCAGCCGAUAAAUCUCCUAAACCACCACAGAGUCCGAGAUUGAAAGGAGACGGUGUCAAGUCUGAAGCAGAAGCAAAGUCUUUUAUAAUGAGAGCUCUAGCUCCAGUUACUAAUUUCUUCAAAGUCAAACAUGUGGACUCCAUGGAAAAGGUAAACUGGAUGGAUCCUUCUCCUGACGAAACAGAUAAGAGUACAUCAUCUCCUUUCCAUUCGAAUGAUGCAGAACUCAUUCCAACUCAAAUUGUUAUUCAUGGAACAGAAUCUGGUGAACAAGAAGAUUCUCCACAUGGAAAUUCAGGAAUAUAUAAACAUUCACAAAGUUCUGAACCUAUUGCUGCUAAAAUUGUCGUACGUAGGAUAGAACCUGGGAAAGUGAGUGAUAAUUCUCAGGGAUCCGAUAAUAAAACUCAGUCAGAGAAAAAAUCAUCUCAAACACCUAGAAUCAGGCAUAUACCAUCUGGAGAAAUCCCUUGGUGGUUAGAUGAAGGUGCUGAGAUACCAGAAGGUGUUGAUACGUACCCUAAUUGGGUUCGUCAAGAUGGGACAACUGAGGAUGGUCGAGUCAUCUAUAAAAUGAGGAAAAAUGAUUCUGGUGAUACUUCUUGGUGGUUGAGUAGCAGUGAGAGAACUAAUGAUGAUUCCAGCAAAAAUAUAAUGGACUCUGAAUAUUUAGAAAAACAUCAGAUAAGGCAUAUCGAUUCCGGUGAGAGAGACUGGUGGUUGAAUAGUUCAGAAAAUAUCUCCGAAAUGGUACAAGCUAAGAGUGUCAAGGAAGUCAAACCAAAGUACGCCAUUCGUCAUCAAGAUUCUGGUGAGGAGCCUUGGUGGUUGCAGCAAGAAAAACCAGUUGUUGAUAAUGACGAAAAUGAGUAUGACCAGAAUCAAAUACCCCUGGGAGACAGAGCAAGUCCUGAAGGAUUGGAAAUGCCCAAGCAAACUGAAGGUCGUCUAAGUCCAUACGACAAUAUUCCGGAGACCAGAAUUCAGGCGAAAAGACCUUCUCAUUUGUUUAUAUCAAGGCACACUAACAUCGAUGAUGUACUGGGGGGAUCGAAUCAAAUGUGGAGUCCUUUCUUGAAUAAAACCUAUGGAUACGAGGGUGAUAACAUUGAAGAAAAAGCUGUUAUGGUUGAUGCGGCCCAAGUGAUCAUACAUGAGAACAUUCCUCACCGAACAUUAAUGCAGGGGAAUCGACUGUGA